AUGUCAAUGAUCAAGAGUUUUGAAGGAUUCCAGCCUGUGUCUCUGAAGCAAGAGGGAGAUGACCAAUCCUCUGAGACUGAUCAACUUUCCAUGGAGGAGGGGGACCUAGGCAAGGACCCUACACCAAAGCAGAUGUCAAGGCAGCCAAGUGUGACCGAAACAACACUCUACCCCAAUCCUUAUCACCGACCUUAUCUCUCAAGGAAGUACUUCGUUACACGGCCAGGCGCCAUUGAGACUGCCAUGGAAGACUUGAAAGACCACGUAACCAAGACUUCUGGAGAGAAAAUCCAAGGCUUCUGGCUCUUGACAGAGAUAGAUCACUGGAACAAUGAGAAGGAGAGGAUUUUGGUGGUCACAGACAAGACUCUCUUGAUCUGCAAAUAUGACUUCAUUAUGCUCAGCUGUGUGCAGUUGCAGCAAAUUCCCCUGAGUGCCAUCAAUCGCAUCUGCCUGGGCAAGUUUGCCUUUCGUGGGAUGUCCCUGGACAAGAGACAAGGAGAAGGACUUAGGAUCUACUGGGGGAGUCCGGAGCAGCAAUCUCUAUUGUCCCGUUGGAACCCGUGGUCCACUGAGGUACCUUAUGCUACCUUCACUGAGCAUCCUAUGAGAUAUACCAGUGAGAAGUUCCUUGAACUUUGCAAGUUAUCUGGGUUCAUGUCUAAGCUUGUGCCAACUAUCCGGAAUGCCCUCCAAAAUUCAAGUGAAUCUGGAAGAGGAAAGGAGCUGAUGGUGUUAACUGAACCCAUUUUGAUUGAGACCUAUAUGGGACUGAUGUCAUUCAUUGGAAACCGCAACAAACUUGGCUAUUCCCUUGCCCGUGGGAGUAUUGGUUUUUGA